AUGUCCGCUGGCAUAGGGCCAUCCAAGGUGUCGACCGAGUCGCAGUCUUCCUCAGAUGAACGUGAGGAAGCCCAAGCUGAACGCGCAGUGGGGGACAAACAACGACACAUAGGUUCACAGGGCAGCCAGCCCGUAGGAUUUUGGCCCAAAUUCUGGAAGCACUUCAAGCGGUACUGGUUGUGCUAUGGCAUCGCCGGGGUGAUAUUUCUCGCCAUCUUUCUCCCCGUUUUCUUUCUCGUCAUCAUUCCCGCCAUCGCGCAGAGACUGGUGGACGAUGCCGCCAUCCCCAUUAAGUUCGCCCAAGUGCUGCAGCCAACACCCGACAGUAUUACCUUUUCGCUUUCCGCCUCGCUGAAGGUCCCGCUGGGUUUGAGCGUCACCAUUGACCCCCUGGAUCUCAAUCUGUUCAACCGGGAGGUCAAACCGAUGAAACCCUACAUCACGGCCCCCUUGGGACGCAUCCGCCUCAAGGGAGAAUCCGCCAUCACCGUUUCGAACCAGACGACGAAGAUCCGAGAUCAAGAUGAAUUUAUCAAGUUUCUGUCUAAAGCCGUCUACUCCAAGAGAUUCACUUUAUCGGCGUAUGGAAAGACAACGGCGCAUCUUGGGAGACUCAAAGUUCCACUGAAGCUGGACAAAGACAUUGAAUUGGAUGGUCUCGACCAGCUCAAUGGCUUCUCCCUUGACACAGCAAGCCUCGCCAUUCCUCCCAAAGAAGAUGGUUCGAACCUGGUUGGAGAGGCGACAAUUCCGAACCACUCACGCGUCACCUUCGCUCUGGGCAAUGUGACCCUCGCGCUCAAAAUUGACGACCUUGUCCUUGGCAACGGCACCAUCAACAACGUCCUCCUCAGCCCAGGCAACAAUACCAUUCCACUCCGGGGUAUCCUCGACAUUGGCAAAACGCUCAGCAACGUCGCAACCGUUCUAGCCGCGGAAGCCGACUCCCUCAGCCAGCUGCAGGUGAAGCUCUGGGCCUCGGGGCAAUCGGUCGUCGCGAACGGACUACACCUCCCCUACUUUGAGAAGGUGCUGAGCAAUCUGACCGUUAGUACGCAGGUGCCUGUUCUCAAGGUGCUCAUAGGGUCGGUUUCGGAGCUCAUAGACUCUAAUCCGGGGGUCAUGUCGAAUGUGACUGAGGCGUUGCGGGGUACAGACUUGUCGAGUGGGCCUAAUAUAAUUCUUCCGACCCUUGUCGCCCUGUUGGCUGCAGGAUCGCUGGCGGCAGAUCCAAUUGUCACGUCGUCGGGUCCUUCUGCGACAGAGGACCAGGCGUCAUCGACGGUGGACAGCCCCAAGCACUCUGUAACAGACACUGGUGUUGCAUCUCCGCUCGUGGAUGCGGGCCCUGAUGUCACAAGCGACUCGCCGCAGGACAUCCCUAAAAAUCCAGCCAAGGAUUUCGUCUCUUCGGCUGCGGACAAGGUCACCCAAGUCGUUCCACUUCCGGACUCGGAUCCAACAUCGUCGUCGUCGUCGUCAGAAACCACGGAAAAGGCACAUAGCACAACGUCGCCUUCAAGCGCCCCACCGCAGCCGUCCUCUUCAUCUAACGGUGAAAGAGAACAUGGCCCGCUUGAUGACUUUCUCGGGGGCCUGGGUGGAAGUGACUCCAACAAAUCACCAUUCAAAGACCUCCGUGGCCUCGAAGAUGGCUUUAAGAAUAUAGCCAGUCUAUUCACGCCGGACUUUGUCAAGGACACCGCAGGUCUCGUCGGUCAGGCGUCCAAAUUCUUUGACGAUGAUACCAUCAAGGAUACCAAGGCCAUGAUCAGUACUGUAGCAGGGUUAAAGCCUGCACUCUCCUCGGCCAAAGGGGGAGAUCUCUCUGCAAUUUUCCAGAAUGGCUCUUUCGUAAAAGACAUCGACAACGUCUUCCAGGACCUCAUCGCACUGCCGGGAAUCUUGAAAGAAAUACUCGAUCUUUUGACCAGUGAUGAAGUGAGGGACGUGAUCAAGGCACUCCCCGAACUCCUCGAGGGUGUCAAACCAAUCUUGAACCCGGAGUUACUUAAGGCCCUAGAGUCGCUGAUCACAAAGAAUGCGACCCCGGAGUUUAUAGACGACCUAUCGAAGACCCUCAGCGCGGUCCGACCACUCCUUCACGAUCUGCAACCGCUCUUGGGGAACAACACAGUCGGGCCUAUUCUCGACCUGGUGAAAACCAUCGCCGCGCCGGACUUCAUCAAGGAGAUUAAUUCUCUACUGAAAUCUCUGCCACCCAUUUUGAAGGAAAUCGCCCCUCUCCUUGGUCCAGACGUCAUCGGGCCACUACUAGACCUUAUCAAGGAGAUAUUGUCUCCGGAGAUAAUAAAGGAGCUGUCGUCCUUGGUCAAGGCUCUUCCCCCGCUAAUCAAGGACAUUUUACCCUUGAUCAAGCCACUCAUAGAGUUCAUAUCUGAUCUUAUAACGCCGGAACUGACCGAGGCGAUCAAGUCACUACUCAAGGACCUGCCGUCGAUCAUCAACGGCCUUGUGCCUCUUCUCAAGCCAUUAGGCGAUAUCCUCAAGGAUGUCCUCACCCCAGAGUUUGUUAAAGACAUUGGAGGCCUUCUCAAGGGCCUACCACCAAUUGUCAAACAGCUGACGCCCUUGCUCGAGCCACUCGGUGACCUCGUCAAGGAGAUCCUGACACCCGAGUUCAUCAGCGACAUCAAGUCACUCCUUGAGCUCGUACCAGGGUUGAUCAAGACCAUAAUGCCACUUGUUCCCAAGCUCGAGGAUCUCCUCAAACAACUUCUCACCCCAGAAAUGAUUGACAUGAUUGAAAAGGUCAUCGAGGGACUACCUGGCCUUGUGAAGGCCCUGCUGCCUCUGCUGCCGCCAAUUGAGCAAUUGAUCAAGGACAUCAUCACGCCUGAGUUCAUGAAGGCCAUCACAUCUUUGCUGAAGGAAGUGCCAGGGCUGCUCAACAUGCUUCUCCCACUUCUUCCGCCGGUGGAAGAUCUCAUCAAGAAGAUAGUCACUCCCGAGUUGAUCAAGACGCUCGGAUCACUGAUCGACAUGAUUCCUGGGCUUCUUCAAACACUCUUACCUCUGAUCCCGCCAUUGGAAGACCUCAUCAAGAAGAUAGUCACUCCCGAGUUGAUCAAGACGCUUGGGUCGCUGAUCGACAAGGUUCCGGGGCUUAUUCAAGUGCUCCUACCUCUACUUCCACAGCUCGAAAAGAUGGUAGUCGAUAUCAUCACCCCGGAAUUCAUCAACGAGAUCGGAAAGGUUUUGGCGGCGGUUCCGGGCCUAUUGCAUGCCGUGUUACCUCUUCUUCCACCGCUCGAGGAAAUGAUUCCCAAGGUCCUGACAAAGGACCUGUUCUCGGCAGUGGAAUCCGUACUUGCCGCUUUGCCAGGCAUCAUCAACGACCUGCUUCCCUUGUUGAACGGCGACACGAUCGCGUCCUUGGUGAAGAUCCUAACGGACCUCCUCACCCCACAGUUCAUCAAAGACGUGGGCAAAGUGCUAGCCAUCGUCCCACCAUUGCUCCACGACCUCGCCCCGAUCUUCACCCCGGAGCUCGUGAAAGCAGUGGGAAAUCUGCUAUGCAGCUUGGCCACCCCGGACACCGUCAACGCCCUCACCUCGUUGGUCACGGCCGUGAUUCCCGUCCUCAAAGACCUCAUCCCCAUCAUCAACAACAAAACCGUGAAAGAGCUCAUCGCCGGGCUCCCCGAGAUCCUCGAAGGUCUUCUCGAAAUCUUCAACGUCGACGUGAUUCUCGCCCUCGAGGCAGGACUAGCAAGCCUAAUCACCGAAAAAUCCGUCACAGACCUAGGUCAAGUCCUCGCCGCGCUCCCACCCCUCCUCCACAGCGUAGUCCCCAUCUUCAACAAGACCCUCAUGACCCCAAUCAACCGCGCCAUCUCCUCAGUCCUCACCGUCGACCUCGUCGAAGACGUUGGCAGUCUCGUCAACGUAACCCCAGCCCUCUUCGAAGACGUCAUGCCCCUCUUUCACGAGGACAUCAUCGCUCCCAGCGAAGACAUCCUCAAAGAUCUCAUCACGCCAAAGACAAUGGACAGCAUCGGCUCGAGCCUCCUCUCCGUGGUUUCCAGCAGCGCAAUUACCCUGCUGCCGCUGCUCAACGGGGACGCGGCAUUGACGCCCGCGUUGGUGGAUGACAUUGGGACCGUGCUUGAGUCGCUCCCGGGCCUGGUGCACUCUGUUAAUGGGAUUCCCUUGGUGAAGGCUGUGGUUGCGCUACUACCCAUGUUGUCGGAUAUCUUGAGCAAUAUCAAGUUGUAA